CACUCCACACCAAAAGUCUCCAAUGGCAACCGUAGACUGGUCCGACCUCCCAAAGGAGAUCUGGUCCAUCAUUGGAAAAUUCAUCCACACCCGCAUCGACGUCCUCCACUUCCGCAGCGUGUGCUCCGUAUGGCGUUCCUCCCGCCCUCCUUUCCUCCGUCCUCCGCCUCCUCCUCCUCUCCCGCUCAAAUUCUCUCCCUCCGCCGCCGAUCCCAAACUCCGCGCUCUCCUCUUCCAGAGCACAACCUACCGCAUGGAGCCGAUCGCCGAUCACAACCGGAAAGGCGGUUCUUCUUCCAAGUCAAAGCCGUUUCUGAUGAAGCUAGAGCACAACCCCAAUUCCGGGGAAAUGCGGCUAGUACAUCCAGUGACUAGCUCGCCGCUCAGGUCUUACCGUAACUCUAAACCUAAGGAGUUUAAUUUGUUGGAUUUUCGACCGGUAGAGUUGCGAAAAUCUUAUGUUCUCAAGUUUGGGAAGAACAGUCAUGUUAAUGUGAAGUCUGUGCAUAGGUUGGUAGUCAUGCCUAGUGAGUUUCUGGAGUUUAGUGACGUGUCAGGGAUUUUUAUGAUAUAUAACGGAGGGAAGCUCGCGUUUGUUAGAUUUGGGGAUGACAAAUUGACUCGUGUGGAUGAAAAUGGUCAUUAUGAUGAUAUUAUUGUGUAUAAGGGUCAGUGUUAUGUUGUUGAUAAGUGGGGGACGAUUUCGUGGAUUAGUUCGGGUUUGCAGGUGAUUCAGUUGCAGGUGAUUCAGUUUUCGCCUCCGUUAUGUGGGUUUGGCGGGCAGAAGUAUUUGGUGGAGUCUUGUGGUGAUCUUUAUGUGGUAGAUCAGUUCUUUGAAAACGUGACUUACCAUGACAAUGUCAAUAGGGUGUUGCCGCAGAAUCCGGAUAACGAGUUGGUGUUCUGGCAUCAUCAUUGGAAUAGGCAGGAUGAUGCAGACACAACUGGUUUUAAAGUUUAUAAGCUGGAUCAAGAAUGGGGUAGAUGGGUCGAUGUGAAGGACUUGGGAGAUUACAUCUUUAUUUUGAGCAAUGAUGGAUCUUUCUCUGUGUCCAGCAGAGAGUUUGGUGGAGUGAAGGGAAAUUGCAUUUUCUUUUCUGAAAGUGCGUCAAGUACGUUAAGGAAUUUCUACAACCGUGUGUUCAAUUUAGAGGAUGGCAGGAUUAGCAGCCUAGUAUCUUUGCACUCUCAAAUGGUCCAUCCACCUACAUCUUGGCUCACCCCUGAUUGAAGUUUGUCUGCAUGUUCUAAAUGGAACUUCUUUACUUGUUUCGAGUUACAACCAUAUGAUUUGCAUUUCCCCGGAGAUGGUGGAUGAUCCAAUUCUCAUGACGAGUGACCUGUUAGAGUUCUUCUGUAAACUAGUGUAAAAUAUUACAAUGUUUUUUCUUUUCUUUUUUCUAGAAGGAAAUAUUACAAUAGUUAAGUGAUCCAGUGUUUAAUAGCAUGGUUUGUUAAUGUUAUGUAUACAUACACAGUUCAUCAGUUCAUGUAAGAUUGUCUCUCUUCAAUGAUCUUGUACUUGAACUACAGCCGAGUAAGAUACUCACUGUUAAAAGCAAUUU